ACGGCGCAUUCUUGAUAUUUCUUCUCUCGUCCUUUUCUCUGUUGUUUCUUCAUCAUUCAAAUACUCCAGAAUUGAUACUUCAAUCAUUUUCUCUCUCCUCUGAAUCUUCGAUCUCUCUGAUUUUUCCUUGUUUGAAGUGUUUUUAGCUGCCUUUAUCAGGAUAAGUAAAUCCUAUAUCUCCCUCGGGAAAACAUGCGUUGCAGCAGGUGAUAUGCACGCUUUUCUCUACUUGUCCUGUUCGAUGAAAAGAAGAAUCACAAGAUUUUGUUUCCUUGUGUUAUAGAUAGUCAUUGCUUGAAAUAGGGUUCUCUUUUCUUCUUAUGGUGCACUAUUUGAGCCAAAAAGGUCAAGUGUGUGCUGGAAGGCCUCUAUAAUACUUUUCGAUGGGGGAACAACAUGAUAGUUUUGGUCUGAGGAGGAAUUCUAAAAUGCCCAGUGGAACCUAUCAGAAAAUUGCAGCCAAAGUUGCUUCUGUGCCAAAGACUUUGACACAGAAAUCUCGUAAUCAUAUUGUUCCAAAAGAUCUUGUAGUGAGAGGAGUUGCUGGUGAUGUAGCAUUUUUUCUACUAAAGGUGGCUGCUCUGGAAACUACAAGGAGGUUUUCAAGAGCUAAGUGCCCAUUUGCUUGGCGUAGUAUUCAGGCAUUCCAAAUGCUAUGUUAUCCACCAUUUAAGUGGGUCCACAGAUGGGCUCCCUUAAAGGGCUUGGUUCGCGGAAUGCAGAUGUUGUCACGUCCACUGUUAGUCAUCUCCAUAGCAACAGCUUUGUCUGACAAUGCAGUUAAGGCAAGCAAUUCAGACGAUGAGCAUGAUUCUCAUGCACCUGAGAACUUAGAUGAAACUUCAUCCUCUGUCCAACCCUAUUUUGAGGCAAGGAACGAUGAUAAAUUUCCUAGCUGUCCACCACCGGAAAAUUGGAUACUUAAACUUCACGAAGAACUUGAAAGUCAAGGGAUCAGCUUACCAGACAGGAUUAAUGAGAGUGAGCUUCGAAGAUUUUACAGUGCUGCAAAUGGCGACUUUUCGUGCCUGCUUUCAUCAAUUAAGAAGACAAUUCGUUGGAGAGAAACAUAUCACAUUCUUUCAGAACAGGAACUUAAUAUGUGGUCAGAUAUUGUCUUCUGGCAUGGCUAUGAUGUGAGACACAGACCUUGCUUGAUUGUACGUCUUGGUCUAGCUUGCACCAGUCUACCAAAUCAUGAUAGGCCACGAUUUGCGCAGGCCGUGGUUUCUCAGAUGGAGCACGGUAUCCUGCAUUUGGCUGAUCGUGAAAGUCCUAAAGUUAUGGUUUUGGUGGAUUGUGAAGGUUUAUCUCCUUUUAAACUCCCAAUGCAAAUGAUAAGAUCCUGCUCUCUGCUAUUUCAAGAUCAUUUUCCACACUGUCUUGGUGGUUUAUAUGUCAUACGGCUUCCUCCAGUAAUUCGGGUGAUGGUGCAAACUUUCAAGAAAGUUUUAAAUCCUGUCACUAAGCAGAAGUUGAAAUUUCUCGGGUUACAGUACCGGGAGAUUCUUUCCGAGUAUAUUCAGGAGCUUCCAGCGUGUCUUGGUGGUAAAUGCGUAUGUGAGAUAUGUUCAAGUGCAAGUUCCCACAAUGCUCGGCGUUUUCCUUCUAUGGAAGUUGCAAAUCAAUUGCUUGCAGAUGGACUUAAUCUUGAGGACGUUGAUCUUGAUCAUCUCAGAUCUGAGAUUGAUGUUCGUCAUAGUUUAGAUGAAGUGCUAAGAACUGGCAUGAUUGGAAUCCUUAUGUUGUGUGUCCUUGUUGCUCUGCUAGCCGGAUUUUUUGACCGAGAAAGCCAUCCAAACUUGUUUCUAUGAGGUAAGAGUGAGCUUUAUGUUUUGGAUCUGUCAAGCCCAUUCCUUUUCGAGAAGAUAUCCGAUAUGCCCAUGCCAUGAUUGCUUUCAACAAUGAGACAUUGGAGCUUACAGCUUGUACAAAUUAUCUUUUAGUUUCGUAUAUGCCCAUUCUUAUGUGAGAAACGUUUGUGGUAGAUGCUAUUGUAUUUACUUUGCUAUGUGAGAGAACAAAUUACCUGAGGACCUCAGGCUAGUAGUGUGUAUGAAAACCCCUUUUCCUUGUCCAACUUUAGGAUGCGUCUUCGAAUUAUAUUAGUGUAGGAGGCAUCAUCUGAUCAAAUAUUAUGUUAGACAUUUAUUACCGUCUAAUAUGAGAGUUUGUAAUAGUAAACCUUUGUUAGUAGCACUUUGUGCUCUGCUAAGUUAGUAUUACUUGACUUACAGAGUGUAUUUAGGUUCUCUGAACCAUUAUAUAUGAAGGGCCGUUGUGUUUAGUGUU